UUGGGACGGCCGCGAUCGAACGCACAGAGACGGACGACGGACGGACACGAGAAUACGAAUGCGAAAGAGCAGCGAUAUUAUUAUUUUACAAGUUAAGAGAAAUACGAAUAUUUGUCGCUUCGAGGAGACAAAGAAGGAGCGAGCGCGCAGUGUGAAACAGUGACGGAAGGGAAGCGAGUCUCGAUCGAUCGUCUUCGAGCAUCGCGACCAUCCGACCGGGACAUUUUCCUUUUUUCUUCGUUAAAGAGAGAGAGAGAGAGAAAUUACCAUCGAACGAUAGAAAAAGGGAUCCCCAUCCUCGGUGCGUCCGUCCAGUUUUCCCUCAGUUAUAUUUUGACGCCUCUUCGGUGUUCCCUUCUUCGGAGCAGUGCACAUAACCCCCCGAAUCGCGAUCUAUUCCUCGCGGAAGAGAGAAACAGAGAGAGAAACUUUCUUCCGCGUUCGAAUAGACCGCGACUUUAUUAAGCCAGUGCGCGAUUAAAUCUCCUCUUCCGAAAGGGAAUAAGGAAACGAAAGCGGGGAGGAACCUCGACGAGCUUUGCUCCCGGCCGAAUAUUAGGCCGUAGACGUCGCGGCCGUUCGACGAACGAGCGCCUUCAAGGAUCUUGGUCCUUGGAAAUAUUCUCGUGUCGUCUGUCGAAGAAAUCAACGGAAAGCAAGUGAAUAAGCUUGAAAAAGAAGAGGAAAAAAGAAUCGAAAGGGAAGAAGUUUAAGGUGGAAUAAUCCGGCUGAAUGGAUAUUUGGUUAAUCGGGAGAAUCGUUAAGAGGAAAAUAUAAAUAGUGUGAUCAGUAAAUCGAGAUUGGAAACGGGGGAAAUCAGGGGAGUCGGAAAUCAGGCGCACCCCAAAUAAGAUGGGGGUCGCCGAUGAUUUCGCGCCAAGCUUCACGCAGAAGCCACAGCUGCGUCAGGAGGAUGAGGGCAACAGGCUCAUCUUCGAAUGUCAAUUGGUCAGUUCACCUAAACCGGAAAUAUCGUGGUUUCGCGGAGAGACACAGCUGAGCGAAGAUGCGCGAACGGUCUUCAAGAUUCAAAGCGUUGGAACCAACAAAUUUCUCGUCGUCCUUGAGCUCGAUGACGUCAUCGAGACAGACGCUGGCCUUUACAAGGUCAAGGCCAAGAACAAGAUGGGCGAGGUCGCAGCCUCUAUCAACCUCAACUUCAGCCCCGUGGACGAGCCUAGAGAAAAACAAAUCGAGGGUAUCGCACCGACUUUUGCGAAAAAGCCUGCGAUCCGCCAGGAGGACGAUGGCAAAAGACUGCUCUUCGAGUGUCGCAUCACCGCCGACCCAACGCCGAAAGUCUCUUGGUUUCACGACGGGAACGUCGUCAAAGAUACGCCGAGGCACAAGUUGACCGUCGACAAAGAUGGCCACUCGUACUUUGCGACUCUCGAGAUUAAAAACGUGACGGUCGAGGACGCCGGGAAGUAUAAAGUGACGGCGAAGAACGAGCUCGGCGAAUCGAACGCGACGAUAUCCCUGAAUUUCGACAAUGCAGAAGACGCGGCGGGCUUCGCGCCGUCGUUCGUCGAGAAGCCGCGAAUCAUUCCGAACGAGAGCGGCACCCUCAUUACGAUGAAGUGCAGAUGCCGCGCGAAACCGAAACCGGAAGUUACUUGGUUCCGCGGCACAACGAUCGUCAAAGAAACGUCGAAAAUCUCGAUAAAGAGUAAAGUCGUGGAGGAAGACGUUUAUGAAUUGACCCUCGAGAUUAAGGAUCCAACUGGACCCGACGGCGGAACGUACAGAUGCCACGUGAAGAACGAAUUCGGCGAGAGCAACGCGAACUUGAACCUCAACAUCGAGGCGGAGCCCGAGCCCGAGGGCGAGGGUCCGACCUUCGUCGGCAAGCCUCACAUACAGUCGGAGGACGGAGGAAAAUUGGUCAUCAUGGAUUGUCGGGUCCGAGCCAAACCAAAGCCGGAAAUCGUCUGGACUCACGCUGGCAAAGUCGUCACAGAAUCCUCCAAAAUCUCUAUCAGCAUCGUCAAAGAACAGGAAGACGUUUAUUACAUCAAGCUUACACUCAACGACCCCGGAGCCGAUGAUUCUGGACUCUACAAAUGUAACAUCAAAAAUGCCCUUGGUGAACUCAACGCGAAUCUCACCCUCAACGUUGAAAUUAUACCGGUGAUCAAAGAGAAACCCAAGGUCAUUAAGGUCGUGAAGAAAAAGACAGUAAUCGUCGAAUGUCACGUCAUGUCCAAGUUCGCUCCCGAUUGCACCUGGUUCAAGGAGGCUCAGGCAAUCACCGCCGGCAGCAGGCACAAAGUUCACGUCGAGAAGGUCAAAGAGGGUGAAUUCGCUGUCAAACUCGAGAUCGAGCAAAUAUCGACAGCGGAUAAGGGCAAGUACAGAUUGGUCGCCAGAAACGAAAAGGGCGAAGCGACUUCUCAGGUUGUCGAGAUCAUGGAACUGCCGGAAGAGGUGGAAAAACCGAAAAUCGCCUCCGGACUCAAGACCGUCACCGUCGAGGAAGGUCAGACCGUUGAGUUCACGGCGAAGCUGUCGCAGACCGACAAAAAGGCCACUGUCGUGUGGUACAAAAAUACAACUGUAAUAAAAGAGACAAAGGACAUCAGCGUCACAUUCAACGGUCUCGAGAUGAAGCUCGUGAUAAGCAACACCACGGAGGAAUUCACAGGGACGUACAAAGUCGUGGUCAGCAACGAGAUGGGCAAGGACGAAUCUUCUGCUGAAUUGACGGUCAAAAAACGUAUGGAGAAGAAAAAGAAGGAAGAGGAGGAGGAGGAAAAGAAGAAGAAGAAGACAGUGGAGAAGAAAGAGGAGAAGAAAGAAGAGGAGGAAAAGAAGAAAAAAAUAGUGGAGAAAAAAGAGCAGAAGAUCGAGGUCGAAGAAAAGAUCGAAGAGAAGAAGGACAAACCGGACACAAAAACAAAUGGUAUCGACAAACCAGAGCCCAAAAAGAAACAGGAGAUCGUGAAAAAGGAGGAAGAAAUCGUCAACAAUGUCGAAGAACGAAAAUCCCUCAAGAAGAAAACGGAGGAGAAGAAACCGGAGGAAAAGAAGGAGCCGGAAAGGAGGAAAUCCCUGAAGAAAAAAGAGCCCGAAUCCAAGGACGCAUCACGGGAGACAACUCCGAAGCCGGAAAAGACGCUGGCGAUACGAAAAUCCUCCGUCAGUCGAGUGGAAGAAUUGAAGACCGAAAGUCGACGAAGUUCCCUCGUCACGACCGAGGAAACGCUGGAGGAGGAAUCGAAGAGCGAGAGCAGACGUUCCUCCAUUAUGGAGAAAAAGACAUCGGUCGCUGAGAAGAAGGAAACCUCGGUAAAGGGUAAAGCUGCUGAAAAAAUAGAGGACAAGAAGAAGGAUUCACCGGCCUCAAAACCGAAACAAACCUCCGACGACACUGCCGAGCCGAAGAAACGUUUGUCGGUUAAGAAGAAGCUCGAAGAACAAAAGAAAGACGAAGAGGAAAAUAUCCAAGUCAAAUCGGUUGAUGGUAAAAUCGAUAAAGCAAAGCAGGAAGAACCAGCCACCAAGCCCAAGACAACCCUCGGAAAACCCGAAGUGGCCAAGAAGGAUGAAAUCGUUCCGAAGCCAAAAUCAACUCUCGGUAAACCCGACGAGGCCGAGCAGAUAAACGAAGACACGAAAAAAGCGAAAAGCACAAUUGACAAGCCGGAAAAGGAGCAGAAGAAUGAACGCGACACUGAGCCGAAAGCCACAAACGGCAAAGCGGACGAGGAGAAGAACAAUGAAAACGCCCGCAGACCGAACUCCACUAUUGGAAAACCGGACGAGGAGAAGAAAGAUGAGCUCUCCCCGAAACCAAAAUCCACACUCGGGAAGCCCGAGCCGGAAAAGACGGAAGAGGGCGUCAAAAAGUUCGGUCUAAAGUCCGUGAGCAAGGUCGAGGAGGAAAAGAAGGCGCUGAACAAGGUCGAGCUUAAGCCGACAGAAGGAGUAGAGGCGAAACCAAAGCUACGAAAACUUCCACCGCCGAAGCAGGAAGUUCAAAAUGUCGGCUUCCAAGGAAUUCAGCUCAAACCCGUUGCCAAGACCCUUAAAAAGCCUGAUCAGGCUGAAAAUGGCACGGUUGAGCUCAAGAAAACCGAGAAGGGAGAAAAGCUCGAAGUGAAGAAGGGCAAGACGUCCAAGUCCGCGAAGGAAGCGAGCUACGAACUUCCGGAGAUUCCGGAUUACGAGAGAGCCGUUCUCGAGAAGCCUCAGGAAUUCGAUUUCGGGGACCACGUCGCUCGUGACAAAACGAAACUCGAAAGACCCGCUGGCCAGAAAAUCGAAUCGAAGCCGAAGCUCCCGGAAAUCAAAGCACCAGAGGCACCGAAGAUCGAAGUGAUCAGGGAAUCGACACCAGUCGGAAGUCGCAGACCCUCCCUCGUACCCGGAAGUGGUGGAAGCAGCCGUCGGGGAUCGCUCAUACCCCCCGAGGAACUGGGACGCAGACCCAGUCUUAUCAUCAGCGACGAGGCGGGAAAAUUACGACCGGGCGAGGUUUUCGACGCAAAGACUAGGCUCGGUCGCCCCGGCGAGGUGCAAGACAAACAGCGACGUCGUCCGAGCACGGACGUCAGGAGACCCAGCGUGGCGGACCUUGAGAAUAAAAUCAACCAGCCUAGCACACCACUCCGAGAUGUCGGAUCCGCAGGACCACCGUCCAUCGUCGAUGUCCAGGAGUCCUACUCCGCAGUCGAGGACUCGACGGCGUACCUCACCGUUCAGGUCGAAGGUAACCCCGCACCGACUUUCAAAUUCUACAAGGGCAUGACCGAAAUUAUCGAGGGCGGUAGAUUCAAGUUUCUCACUGACACCGAGACGAACACGAUCACCCUCUGCAUGAGGAAGACGAAGCCGAACGAUGAGGGCACUUACAAAAUCGUCGUCAGCAACAUCCACGGCGAGGAUUCUGCGGAAAUGCAAUUAUACGUUUCCGACGCCAGUGGCAUGGACUUCCGUGCCAUGUUGAAGAAACGAAAGUACCAAAAAUGGGCUCGCGACGACAGCGAAGCACCGAAGGUCGAUCUCAAAGAAACCGAGAAACCUAUGCCCGCCCUGAAGAAAGUCGAGAGAAAAGCGGAAACAUUCGGAAAACCACUGAUCGACCAGUACGCCAAAGAGGGCAAAGACAAGAAAGUCACCUUCGAAGCGAUAUUCUCGAAACCGAACUGCAAACCGAAAUGGUUCUUCCGCAAAGACGAACUCUUCCCAUCGGCGAAAUACAAAUUCAAAAACGAGGAGGACAAUUACCAGCUGAUUAUCGUUGGACCGAAGGUCGAGGAUGCUGGAAAAUACACGAUAGAAAUCAGCGGAAUUUCCUGCACUGCAAUACUCACGGUCGAUGAACCCGAUCCCUCGUACACUUUCACAAAACCGUUGUCCAAGAAGACAAGCGGUUUCGACGAACACGAGGCCUACAUGGAAUGCACAGUCAGCUCGAACAUGGCCAUAGUUUCUUGGUACAAGGGAAAAACGAAGCUCGAAGACGGCGACGUCUACAGCAUCUCGAAAGACAUGUCCGGCAUCUGUCGACUGACCCUUAAAAAUGCGAAAAUCGAAGACAGCGGCGAGUACUCGUGCAAGAUUAGCAAGCAAACGGACAAAACCGAAACGGUGCUCACGAUAAUCGAGUACCCGUACAAAUUCGUCAAAGUGCUAAAGUCCCAACAGCUCGUGGAAAAAGAAACGGUGACGAUGCUGUGCGAGCUCGACGACGAGAAGGGCCAGGUCAAGUGGUUCAAGGGCGAUCAAGAAAUAACCGCUGACAAACGGGUGCAAAUCAAGGUCGAAGGCCGCAAGAGGAAAUUGAUCAUCAAAGAUGCCAAAGUCACCGAUGCCGGGCAGUACUCGUGCGUGAGCAAUGCCGACAAAACGGAGGCCGAGAUCGUCAUCAACUACGCAAACCGUUUCAACAAGAAGCUCAAAGACACGGUUGCGGUCGAACGCGAAAAAUUGGUCCUCGAUGUUGAGCUGCAGGAUCAAACGGCCUCGGCCGAAUGGCUCUUCAACGGCAAGCCCAUUGAGCCGAACGAUCGCAUCGAGAUCAAGAAUUUGGGUGGUGGCAAACAUCAUCUCGUUUUCAACAAACUUGAAAUGGAGGACGACGGUGAAAUAACAUGCACGAGCGGUGAAUUGAGCAGCAGUUGCAAACUCACUGUCAAAAAGGGCGAGAGCAAGCCGAUUCCUGAUAUCCCCGACAAGGUCGAGGGCCCUUGCUCAGCGCCACUUAUUUUCAUCAUACCUUUCAAGGUGGAAGGAACAAAACAGACGCCGGUGGAGGCAAAACUCAUGAAAGAUGGCAAAGUGUUGCCACUGAAGGACGUCGAGGUCGUCGUCGGGGAGGACAAAAUAACGUACAGAAUAAAGAAACCAACGAGAGAACAGUCGGGAAUUUAUCAAGUGAAAAUAUCGAACGGUCAAGGCGAAGAGAUUAAGGACGUUAAUAUCGUGAUGCAGGAUGUUCCAUCACCACCGAGAGACGUCGAUGUCACCGAAAUAUUUGCGACGUCUUGCGUCGUGUCGUUCAAAGCAUCGGCCGACGAUGGUGGUUCUCCGAUUCUCAAAUAUCUUAUCGAACGUCUUGACAUGAGCUUGAAAUCUCAAUGGGACGGCGUUGGCGAAAUAAAAUCCGGAGAAAAAUACAGCUACAAGGUCGAAGACCUCGUUGCCAAAAAACAAUAUAAAUUUCGCAUUGUCGCUGUCAAUAAACUUGGCAACAGUGAACCUGCGCUCUUCGGCAAACCUGUACUCGCCAAAGAUCCUUGGGACGAGCCUGGAAAACCAACGGGCGUGGAGACGACGGAUUGGGACGUUGAUCACGCGGACCUGAAAUGGGUGAAGCCGGAAAAUGACGGUGGAGCACCGAUCACCGGUUACAUCAUCGAGUACAAAGACAAAUUUGGAAAAGAGUGGGUAAAGGGAAAAGAGAUCGAGGGUGACGUUACCCAAGGAACGAUCGACGGUCUGAAGGAAGGUGUGCAAUACGAAUUCCGCAUUCGAGCGGUGAACAAGGGUGGAGCUGGAGAACCAUCGGACGCGACGAAGCCCAUCAUCGCGAAAUGUCGGUUCGUGAAGCCUUUCAUCGUCGGCGAUCAACUAACCAAUCUCGUCGUCAAGAAGGGCCAAGUCAUCAAGUACGACAUCAAAUUCGGCGGUGAACCGGAGCCGGAGGUUCACUGGUUCUUGGGAGAAAAAGAAAUUGUUCAGGACGCAGCCGAGAGGAUUACCAUCGACAAAUAUGAGAGAAACAGCGUUUUGACUAUCCGCAAAACGACCAGACCUGAUUCUGGAAAAUACAAACUUGUUUUGACCAACAGUUCCGGAACUUGCGAAAGCCUCGCUGAUGUCGUUGUGCUCGAUAAACCAACACCACCGAGGGGACCUCUGCAGGUGGAAGAAGUUCGUGCCGACCACGUGACCGUCAAAUGGAAGAGACCAUCGGACGACGGUGGUACCGAUAUUACCGGUUAUGUCCUUGAGAAAAUGGACGCUGAUACGGGACGUUGGAUCCCAGCCGGUGAAGUCGGACCGGACAAAGACAGUUUCACUUUCAGUGGUUUGACUCCCAAUAAGAAAUACAAGUUCAGAGUCAAGGCUGUAAACAAGGAGGGCGAAUCGGAGCCACUCGUAACCGAUGAGUCCAUUUUAGCCAAGAAUCCUUACGAUGAACCGGACAAGCCCGGCAAACCGGAAAUCUUCGACUACGACAACAUGAGCGUAUCCCUGAGGUGGGCGAAACCCGAAAAGGAUGGUGGCCGACCCAUAACUCACUAUACCGUGGAAAUGAAGGACAAAUUCUCCCCUGAUUGGGUCGAGGUUGCCAAAACGACUGACGCUAAUCCAGAAAUAAAAGUCGAGGGACUGAAAGAAAAAAUGGUCUACCAAUUCCGUGUUCGCGCUCACAACAAAGCUGGACCAUCCCAACCCAGCGAGCCUACUGAUAAUCAUAUCUGCAAACACCGCAAUCUGAAACCGAGAAUCGAUCGAACAAAUUUGAAAUCCGUCAUCAUCAAGGCCGGCCGCACCCACAAGUGGUCUGUGGACGUGAUCGGUGAGCCACCGCCAACAACGAGCUGGAUUUGGCGAGAUAAUAUUCCUCUGACGACCACCGAGCGUAUCAAGAUCGACAACGUCGACUAUCACACCGAUUUUACAAUUGUGAAUGCUGUCCGCAAAGAUACUGGCAAAUACACGCUGAAAGCUGAAAAUGUUAAUGGCAGUGACGAGGAGUCCGUCGAGCUUACCGUUCUCGGAAGACCAGACGCCCCGAAAGGACCGUUGGUCGUUUCGGACGUGACGAAUACAACGGCCAAAGUGAAAUGGGAAAAACCAGAGGAUGACGGUGGCGUACCGAUCAAGGAAUAUGAGAUCGAGAAAAUGGACACGAAAACCGGAAAAUGGGUUCGCGUUGGCAAAGUUCCUGGAGACUCGCCGAACACCGAAUUCCAAAUCACUGGUCUCAAUCCGGGCAGUGAAUAUCUUUUCCGAGUCACCGCGAUCAACGACGAGGGCGACUCGGAACCGUUGACCAGCGAGCGCCCGGUCAUCGCUAAAAACCCGUUCGACGAGCCUCACGCUCCGGGGACUCCAGUAGUAACGGACUACGACAACGAGUCUGUGAGCCUCCAGUGGACGGCGCCAGAUUUCGAUGGUGGCUCGCCGAUCGAAAAGUACAUUAUCGAGAAGAAAGAUCGGUACAAACCGGACUGGGAAAAAGCAAUGGAAAUUCCAGCGACGGGCGAAUUGGCCGCGAAAGUUAUGGGGUUGAAGGAUCGUGGAGAAUAUCAAUUCAGAGUUAUCGCUGUUAACAAAGCAGGACCAUCACCGCCUUCGGACGCCUCGAAGAUGCAAAUGGUCAAGCACAAAGCACUCAAACCGAGAAUCGACAGAACGAACUUGAAGCCGAUAAUCGUAAGGGCCGGAAAACCCAUAAAGUACGAUAUCGACGUCAGGGGUGAACCUCCUCCAGAAAUAACGUGGUACAGGGCGAACGAACUCGUCAAGUCCGGUGGCAACAUCAACAUCGAGAAUGUUGAUUACAAUACUAAACUCUCCAUCACCGACAGUGUACGAAAGAACACGGGAGUUUGGAAAAUCAAAGCUGUCAAUGCAUCCGGCGAGGACGAGGCCGAGGUCGAGGUCACGGUACUCUCUGCGCCUGGCAAGCCAAAGGGCCCCCUCAAAGUAUCAGACGUCACGAAGAACGGUCUGAAACUGAAGUGGGAAAAGCCAGAGGACGACGGUGGCAAGCCGAUAACGGGAUACCAAGUAGAAAAAUUGGACAAAUCAACGGGCCGUUGGGUUCCUGUGGGCCGUACGAACGACACAGAGAUGGACGUGAAAGGAUUGACGGAAGGUCACGAGUACGAGUUCCGAGUGAAGGCGUUGAACGAAGAGGGCGAGUCGGAGCCACUGACGACCGAGGGUGGCGUCGUAGCGAAGAACCCUUUCGACGUUGCUGGACGUCCGGGUGUCCCAGAAUUCGAAGACUGGGACGUUGACCGCGUCGACCUUAAAUGGACACCGCCGAAGGACACCGGAGGUGUUCCGAUAACGGGCUACAUAAUUGAGAAAAAAGAGAAAUUUUCGACUCAUUGGGAGGAAGCAGUGGUGACCGAUUCAGGAGAGCCGAAAGGCCGCGUAACCGGUCUCAAGAAAGGCUCGACUUAUCAAUUCCGGGUGCGCGCAGUAAACAAAGCGGGACCAUCGGAGCCUAGCGAUCCGACGAAGCCACACGUCGCGAAAGCACGAUUCUUGAAACCUCACAUCAAUCGCGACAAGCUUCAAACUGUAAAAGUACGCGCGAGCCAACACGUGAAAUUGGACGUUGACGUUGAGGGCGAACCGCCUCCAACGAUCACGUGGACUUUCCGCACUCAGACACUAUCCAACACGCCCAACUGCAAGAUCGAGAAUGAGGACUACAAUACUAAGCUGAUGUUGUCCCACACGACUCGUAAAGAUACAGGAAAGUAUACGAUCAAAGCAGUGAACGAUUCGGGCGAGGAUGAGGCCGACGUCGAGAUCAUAAUCCUCGACAAACCCGGAAAACCCGAAGGUCCUCUCGAAGUCCUAGACGUGCACAAGGAAGGCUGCAAACUCAAGUGGAACAAGCCGAAGGACGACGGAGGUUUGCCGUUGUCGAGUUACGUCAUCGAGAAAAUGGACGCCACCAGUGGACGCUGGGUCCCAGCCGGGAUUUGCGAUCCUGACAAAACAGAGCACGUUCUCACGGGUCUGGAGCCGGGACACAAGUACGAAUUCCGUGUUAAAGCCGUCAACGAGGAAGGAGAGUCCGAACCAUUGGCUACCGACAGUGCAGUGAUCGCGAAGAAUCCUUACGACGCACCGGGUGCGCCCGGCUUACCGGAAAUCAUCGACUGGUCCGAAAACACCGUCACCCUGAAGUGGGAACCGCCCAUCAGAGACGGUGGCGCCCCCAUCACUGGUUACAUCCUCGAGAUGAAGGAGAAAUUCGGUACGAGUUACGUCAAGGCCGCAGAAACGACUGGGCCGAAAUGCCAAGGUCUUGUGCCGCGCUUGGUCGAAGGGAAUCAGUACCAAUUCCGUGUGAGAGCAGUGAACAAAGCGGGACCUGGUGAACCCAGCGAAGCGACCAAUCCGCACACCGCAAAGGCAAGGUUCCUCAAGCCUCACAUCGAUCGUACGAAUCUUCAAGCAAUCGUCGUCAGGGUUGGUUUAACCGUCAAUCUCGACAUCAAUAUAAUCGGAGAACCAGCGCCGACGGUGACCUGGACUCUGAACGAGACCGAGCUCAAAACCGACGACACUUAUCGCAUCGACAAUAUCGAUUACAACACGAAGUUCUUUAUUAUGAAAGCAAAACGUAAUCUGACAGGUAAAUAUGUGAUCAGAGCGAAGAACGAGGUCGGCGAAGACGAGGCUGAAAUAGAUAUAACCGUGCUUGGAAAGCCCAGCAAGCCGAAGGGUCCUCUGGAUGUUUCUAACGUUACGAAACACGGUUGCAAACUCAAGUGGAAGAGACCCGAAGACGACGGUGGUUCGCCGAUCGAGUACUACGAAAUCGAAAAACUCGACCCGCUCUCAGGAGCGUGGAUCUCGUGUGCACGAGCCACCGAACCGGAAGCCAAUAUCACCGGUUUACUCGAGGGCAAACCCUACAAAUUCCGCGUCAAAGCUGUCAACAAGGAAGGAGAGUCCGAGGAAUUGGAAGCCGACAAAUCGAUCAUUGCUAAGAAUCCGUUCAACGAACCCGACAAACCAGGUCGCCCACAGAUCAAAGAUUGGGAUCGUGACUUCGUCGACCUCGAAUGGACCCCACCCGUCGACGACGGCGGUGCUCCCAUCGAGAAAUACAUCAUUCAAAUGCGCGACAAAGAUGGAAGGCAGUGGGUCGACGCUGCGAUGGUCGUUGGCGAUCGCACCAAUGCUAAAGUCACCGAAGGAAUAGAGCCGAAUCACGAGUACGAGUUCCGAGUUGUCGCCGUCAACAAAGCCGGUCCCAGCGAUCCCAGCGAUACGUCGAAGAGCGUCGUCGCUAAACCAAGAUUCCUGGCGCCUCGCAUCGACCGCAAAAAUCUGCAGAAGAAGAUACUCCGCGUGGGACAGGUUUUGAGACUGGAGGCUGAUAUCCAGGGCGAACCACCACCAUCCGUAACUUGGGCGUGCAACGGAACAGUCCUCAAGAGCGUCGAUCGGUUGACCAUCGAAAACGAGGAAUACCACACGCUCUUCGUUCUGAAUAAACUCAAGCGCAUCGAUGCCGGAACCUACAAGGUGACUGCGAAGAACGACAGCGGUACCGACGAGGUCGAGAUCGAAGUGCAAAUUCUCAGCAAGCCCAGCAAGCCCAAAGGACCGCUGGACGUUUCGAACGUCACUGCUGAAGGCUGCAAACUCAAAUGGAACAAACCGGAUGACGACGGUGGUGAACCGGUCGAUCAUUACGUCAUCGAAAGGAUGGACGUCGAUACCGGACGUUGGGUCCCGUGUGGCACGAGUAAAACACCAGAAGCCGAAAUAACAGGCUUGAACGAGGGCAAAGAUUAUCAGUUCAGAGUGAAAGCGGUCAACGCCGAAGGCGAAUCGGAACCCCUCGAGACCGACGUGCCAACAACGGCGAAAAAUCCAUUCAGAGAACCUGAUGCACCUGGAAAACCAGAAUUGCGUGACUGGGACAAACGUCACGUGGAUCUCAAGUGGAAAGCGCCGAAGAACGACGGCGGCGCACCCAUCGAAAAAUACAUCAUUGAGAAAAAGGACGCUUAUGGGAAAUGGACGAAAGCUGCUGAGGUACCGGGCGAUCAGACCCAAGGAACCGUCGAAGAUCUCACCGAAGGCCAAAAAUACCAAUUCCGUAUUAAAGCUGUGAACAAGGGUGGCGUUGGUGCAGCGAGUGAUCCCAGCGAUGUUCUCACUGCCAAAGAUCGUUAUGCCGCCCCAAGGAUCGAUCGUACCAAUCUACGCGACUUGACUAUCAAAGCUGGAAAUCACAUACGGCUCGAUGUCAAAGUCAGCGGCGAACCUCCACCAUCGAAGGUCUGGUAUCUCAACAAAGUCAAGCAAGAAGAUCGUGAUAUCAUUACCAUCGAGGUUGACAGUUAUAGAACCAAGUUCAUGGUCUCCGCUGCCACGAGAGCGCACUGCGGUACUCUCACACUGAAAGCUGAAAAUGACUCGGGCAAAGAUGAAGCCUCCAUUGAAAUCCUCGUUCUUGAUAAGCCCAGCAAACCCGAAGGUCCCCUCAAAGUUACCGACGUCCACAAGGAGGGCUGCAAUCUCAAGUGGAAUCCUCCGCUCGACGAUGGUGGCGUUCCCCUCGAACAUUAUGUCAUCGAAAAAAUGGACACCGAAACUGGUCGUUGGGUUCCGGUUGGGCGAACCAAGGACACCAAUUUCGAGGUUGAGAACCUUGUGCCUGGACAAGAAUACAAAUUCCGCGUUGCCGCUGUCAAUGCUGAAGGCGAAUCGGAACCCCUGGUUACCGAUACCAGCAUCAUCGCCAAAAAUCCGUUCGACGAACCUGGUCCACCUGGUCGCCCCGAGCCCACUGACUGGGACAAGGAUCACGUUGACUUAAGAUGGACCCCACCGUUGAAGGACGGUGGAUCUCCAAUCACUGGUUACGUGAUUGAGAAACGGGAGAAGGGCUCACCGCGCUGGGUCAAAGCCGGUGAGGCCGGUCCCGACGAUUGCAAGGGUCGCGCUGAAAAUCUAGACGAAGGUGCGGAAUACGAGUUCCGUGUUCGGGCCGUCAACGCCGCAGGUCCCGGUGAACCUUCGGACGCUAGCAAAUCGAUCGUAGCCAAGAGUCGCAAGGUUCCACCAAAGAUCGACCGACGCAAUCUUCGGGACGUCCAAGUUCGCGAGGGCGAACGUUUCCAUUUCGACGUUAAAGUCACGGGUGAACCAGCUCCCGACGUCACUUGGGUCAUUGAUGAAAAGAGCGUGCAAGUCACGACUCAUCGAAGAAUCGUCAACGAACCUAACAAUACCAAGUUCUACAACGAUAGAGCGGAACGCAAAGACACCGGAAUUUAUAAGAUCACCGCGGUCAAUCAGUACGGUACUGAUACCGCCGAGGUCGAGGUCAUUGUUGUCUCGAAACCUGGCAAGCCGGAAGGCCCUCUCGACGUUUCCGAUAUUCACAAGGACGGAUGUACCCUCAAAUGGAAGAAGCCCAAAGACGAUGGUGGCGAACCCAUCGAGUGUUAUCUCGUGGAAAAAUAUGAUCCGGAUACUGGUGUUUGGUUGCCCGUUGGUAAAACGGUUGGACCGGAAAUGAAGGUCGAAGGAUUAACGCCCGGCCACGAAUACAAAUUCCGUGUUAAAGCGAUUAACAGCGAAGGGGAGUCCGAACCGCUGGAGACUUAUGGCUCCAUUAUCGCGAGAGAUCCGUUCACCGUACCAGAUCCUCCUGGAAUACCAGAGCCGACCGAUUGGACAGCUCAUCAAGUCGAUCUGGCCUGGAAAGAGCCAUUCUCUGACGGUGGUUCGCCCAUAACUGGUUACAUAAUUGAGAAGAAAGAUAAAUACAGCACACUUUGGGAGAAAGCUCUCGAGACAAACACACCAAAGCCUCAAGCUUUGAUAACCGGUUUGAUAGAAGGAAACGAGUAUCAGUUCCGAGUGAUCGCGGUAAAUAAGGCUGGACAAUCGGAGCCUGGAGAGUGCAGCAAGACCUUCCUCGCUAAGCCACGUUAUCUCGCUCCAAAGAUCGAUCGUAGACAUCUUCAUGACGUAACACUCUCAGCCGGUUCAACGCUUAAAUUCGAUGCGAAUAUAAUCGGUGAGCCUCCGCCACACGUGGACUGGCGUUGCGGACCGAUCCCAUUAUCGAAUAGCAAGACCGUGUCGAUCGAUAAUCCACCGUAUCAGACAAGACUGGUCGUUCGUCCAGUAGCGAGAGGCGACACGGGAGAAUAUUUGGUCGUUGCGACCAACUCGUCGGGCAAAGACAGCGUUACCGUCAACGUCAUCGUCACCGAUAAACCAACGGCACCCGAAGGCCCAAUCGAGAUCUCGGACGUCCACAAAGAGGGAUGCAAACUCAAGUGGAAACGUCCGCUCGACGACGGUGGUACUCCUAUCGAGUAUUAUCAGGUCGACAAAUUGGAUCCUGAUACCGGUUGCUGGGUUCCUUGUGGACGCUCCCCUGACCCGAAUAUCGACGUCACCGGUUUAACGCCUGGAAAAGAGUACAAAUUCCGUGUAGCAGCGGUGAACGCUGAAGGAGAAUCUGAGCCCUUGGUGGCCGAAGAGUCGAUCAUUGCCAAGAAUCCAUUUGAUGAGCCAGGAAAGCCGGGAGAUUUGAAGGCAACCGAUUGGGACAAGGACCACGUGGAUCUCAAAUGGAAAGCACCAACCGAGGACGGUGGUUCACCGAUAACCGGUUACAUAGUCGAGAAAAAAGACAAAUAUGGCGAAUGGGAAAAAGCGCUGGAAGUUCCAGCCGAUAUGACGUUCGCAACGGUUCCGGAUUUGAUCGAGGGUCAACCUUACGAAUUCCGUGUGAGAGCGGUGAACGCGGCAGGACCCGGUGAACCGUCGAACGCGACACCAACGAUCAUUGCGAAACCACGUAAUCUAGCGCCAAAGAUCGAUCGUACGAAUCUUGAGAAUAUUAAGAUCAAGGCAGGACAAAACUUCGGUUUCGAUGUCAAGGUGAUCGGGGAACCCCCACCAACGACGAGCUGGCAACUGUCCAAUCGCGAUGUAAGAACGAGCGAUCGCGUUAAAGUCAAACACGUUGAUUAUGCUACGAGCCUUCACGUGCGAAUGGCGACGAGAGCAGAGUCCGGCAGAUACACGAUAUUCGCGGAAAAUUCAAGCGGCGAAGAUACCGCCGAGGUGACAGUUAUCGUUUUGGACAAACCCGCAGCACCGGAAGGACCUUUGAGAGCGUCCGAUGUCCACGCCGAAGGAUGCACCCUCAAGUGGAAUCCUCCGCUGGACGAUGGUGGACAACCGAUCGAAUCUUACAUCGUCGAGAAGAUGGAUGAGGCUACGGGCCGCUGGGUCCCAGCGGGUGAGACCGACGGGCCCGAAACCGCAUUGGCCAUCGAUGGUUUGAUACCCGGACACAAGUACAAAUUCCGUGUACGAGCCGUCAAUAAACAAGGCAAAUCGGAGCCUCUGACGAUGUCCCAAGCGAUCGAGGCGAAAAAUCCAUUCGACGAACCCGGCAAACCUGGUACGCCGUUCAUCAAGGAUUACGACCGCGAUUUCGUCGAGCUUCAGUGGGAAAGACCCGUGGAAGACGGUGGCUCACCGAUCACUGGUUACGUCAUAGAAAAGCGCGACAAAUUCAGCCCGACUUGGGAAAAAGCUGCCGAAAUCGAGGGUGACGUCAAAACUGGAAAAGUGCCCGAUUUGAUCGAAGGCACGCAGUACGAAUUCCGUGUCAGAGCGGUAAACAAAGCCGGACCCGGUGAACCGUCCGAUGCGACGAGACCUCAUGUCGCGAGACCCAAGAAUCUCCCACCGAAGAUCGAUCGGAAAUAUAUGCUCGACGUGAAAAUUCGAGCCGGAGGAUUCUUCGACUUCGAUGUUCCCGUUAUCGGCGAACCGCCUCCACAGAAAACAUGGGACCUCAAAGGUGUCACGAUCGGUAACAGCGAUCGCAUCAAAAUCACCAACACCGAUUACAAUACCAAAGUACGAUACAUGGAUGCGCACCGUUCGGAUUCCGGGGUGUACACGCUCACAGCUAAGAACAUUAACGGCACGGAUACCGCGACCUUAAACGUGACCGUUCUCGAUGUGCCGUCGCCUCCCGAAGGUCCUCUCAAAGCCGACAACGUCACCAAAAACGGCUGCACCCUCACGUGGCGAAUGCCCAAGGACGACGGUGGCUCUGAAAUUCUUCAUUACGCCGUCGAGAAAAUGGAUGCCGAAAGUAUGCGUUGGGUGCCCGUCGCCGAAGCUGAAAGUUGCACGUGCAGAGUCAACCAUCUCAUCGAAGGUCACGAUUACACCUUCCGCGUACGAGCCGUUAACAAACAGGGAGAAUCAGCUCCGCUCACCGGAAUCGAUGAAAUCACGGCGAAAGAUCCGUUCGGCAAACCCGAAAAACCCGGACAACCAAUCGCCACCGAUUGGGACAAAGAUCACGUUGACCUUGAGUGGACUCCACCGAAGAGAGACGGCGGAUCCCCCAUCACCGGAUACAUCAUCGAGAAGAGACCACGUUUUGGACAAUGGGAAAAAGCUGCUGAAAUUACCGGCACUUUGUGCAGCGGACGCGUACCUGACCUCACCGAAGGACAGGAAUACGAGUUCAGGGUCAUCGCUGUCAACAAGGGCGGUCCCGGCGAUCCGUCUGAAGCGUCAGCCCCGGUUAUUGCUAAACCACGAUUCCAGGCACCGAAAUUCGACCGUCUCCUGAUGAGAGAUCUCACAGUCAAAGCUGGCCAAAAAAUUGCUUGGGAUCUGCCGAUCGAGGCUUCCCCCAAGCCCACGCCUUGGUGGACUUUCAACGAUUCCCCGGUCGAUGCUGACCUCCGUCACGAAAUAUACACCACCUCGACGAACACCACCUUCGAAAUACCAUUUUCGGUUCGCGCCGACAGUGGACGAUACAAAUUGACGCUGGUCAACGAUCAUGGAAAAAUGUCAGCUUCCGCCAGUGUCACCGUCCUCGACAAACCUUCGCCGCCUGAAAGACCACUCGUCGUCAGUCAAAUCACCAAAGAAAGUUGCCACCUCUCAUGGUCGGUUCCACUGGACGAUGGUGGAAGUCCAAUUUUGCAUUACGUCAUCGAAAAGAUGGACGUUUCGAGGGGCACGUGGUCCGAUGCUGGAAUGAGCAUGACCUUGAAUCAUGACGUGUUCCGAUUGACACAUCGCAAGGAAUAUUACUUCCGGGUCAAGGCGGUCAAUAACGUCGGAGAGUCCGAACCACUCGAAACUACGAAGAGCAUAAUCGCCAAGAAUGAAUUCGACGAACCCGACGCACCUGGCAGACCAAGCAUUACCGAUUGGGACAAGGAUCACGUCGACCUGACGUGGCCAGCACCGGCCAACGACGGUGGCUCACCCAUCACCGGCUACAUCGUUCAAAAGAAGGAGAAGGGCAGUCCCUACUGGAUCAACGCGGUUCACGUACCUUCCGGACAAACCAAAGCUACUGCUCCGGAUCUCACCGAAGGCCAGGAAUAUGAGUUCCGCGUUAUUGCUGUCAAUGCUGCCGGACAGUCGGAGCCUUCGGAGCCGAGUGAUGCAGUCAUUGCGAAAACUCGAUUCCUUGCACCCAAAAUCAAAACGCCGCUGGAGGAUAUUCGCAUCAAGGCUGGCCUCGUUUUUCAUGUCGAUAUCGAUUUCGUGGGUGAGCCCAUUCCCGAGGUCGUUUGGAGCGCUGAUAAAAAACCAUUGGCCACGAACGACAGAACGACCGUCACUUCGAUCGGUUAUCACACGAUCGUUCAUAUCGUUAAUGCCAAGAGAAGCGAUUCCGGUCUCUAUCAUUUGAUGUUGAAAAACGACAGUGGCGUUGACGAAGGUAGCUUCAAAGUGAUCGUUCUCGACAGACCUGGACCACCCGAAGCGCCACUCGAGUAUGAGGAAAUUACCAGCCAAUCCGUCACCUUGUCCUGGAAACCACCAAAGGAUAAUGGCGGUAGCGAACUAACUGGGUACGUUAUCGAAAAACGCGAUCUUACACACGGUGGCGGUUGGGUGCCAGCCCUGAACUACGUUAAUCCAAAAUUGACGUACGCCACGGUUCCCCGACUUCUCGAAGGUACGAAGUACGAGUUCCGCGUGUCUGCGGAAAAUCUUCAAGGACGUUCCGAACCUCUGAAGACGGAUCGUGCGGUUGUCGCCAAGAACCAAUUCGUUGUGCCCGGACAACCUGGAAAACCGGAAUGCGUCGAUGCGAACAAAGAUUACAUCAAGAUCAAAUGGACUCCACCGAUCAGCAACGGAGGAUCAGCGAUUUUGGGUUAUGACAUCGAGAGGCGAGACCGAGCGACCGGACGGUGGUUGAAAUUAAACAAAGAGCCACAAAAGGGAGUCGAAUUCGAGGACAACCACGUAACGGAAGGUCAUCAAUAUGAGUACAGAGUGUCUGCGGUGAAUGCCGCAGGUGCAGGAAAACCGAGCGAGACCUCAUCCGUGUUUACCGCCAAGCCGAUGAAGGAGAAACCGAAACUUCAUUUGGAUGCUCUUAUUGGACGUAAGAUCAAAGUCAGAGCUGGUGAACCCAUCAAUGUGGAUAUUCCGCUUUCUGGAGCACCCACACCAACCAUCGAAUGGCUCAAAGGCACUGACAGGCUCGAUGGAAACUAUCGUGUCACGACCGAAACGAAGCACGACCACACGAUGCUGCAGAUCGAAAAAUCGGUUCGCGACGACGCCGGAAUUUAUACGAUUAUUGCAAGAAACGAAUAUGGAGAGGAUACGGCCGACAUAACGGUCAUAGUCGUAGACAAACCUGGACCACCGAAAGGACCGCUUCUUUAUUCGAGCACGACGCACGAAUCGGUGGCACUUUCUUGGGGACCACCGGUCGACAACGGUGGCGCGAACAUUACCAAUUAUAUCGUUGAGAUUUGUGACUUUGGCCUUGAUAAUUGGCGCCAAGUACCAGGAUAUUGUCCAACCUGUGGCUUCACCGCGAGAGGCCUCAGCGAAGGAAAACGUUACAUGUUCCGUGUGCGUGCUGAAAAUCUUUAUGGAGUUUCUGAUCCUCUUGAUGGAAAACCUGUCGUUGCCAAAAGUCCGUUCGAUCCACCUGGCGCACCCAAUCAACCAGAAAUCUUGGGCUACACUCCGAAUACUUGCACUCUUAUUUGGAACCCACCAGAAAAUACCGGCGGCAAACCUAUUACUGGUUACUACGUGGAGAAACGCGAAAGAGGAGGCGAAUGGCUCAAAUGCAACAAUUAUGCAACACCAAACACAACGUUCUCGGUACAGGAUCUACACGAUGGAUCUCGUUACGAGUUCCGCGUCAUCGCGGUGAAUGAAGCCGGUCCCGGUGAUCCUAGCAGACCAACUGAACCCAUUGUCGCUGGACAUCAACGACUUCGACCGGAUGCUCCCGAGCCACCGAAAGCAGAUCGUAUAACGAAAGAUUCGGUAACGUUGUCAUGGCGUCCACCGAGAAACGAUGGCGGUGCCAAAGUUCGGGGUUACUUUAUCCAGAUGAAACAGAAGGACCAACCGGAUUGGUCGGAUGUCAACGACUCGAUAAUCGCCGGCAACGUUUAUACGGUGCCACAAUUGAAAGAGGGCGAUGAGUACCAGUUCCGCGUUAUUGCGGUCAACGACAUUGGCAAGAGUAAUCCAAGUCGAGCGAGCAAUCCGAUCGUCAUUACCGAACAGCCGAACAAACCGAUGAUGGAUCUUGGCGGUAUUCGCGAUAUAACUGUGCGUGCUGGAGAAGACUUCUCCAUCCACGUGCCUUACAUCGGUUUCCCGAGACCAACGGCUACAUGGUUGGCCAACGACGUCGUUCUCGAUGAGAGUGACAAGAGAGUUCACUUGCAAUUGGCCGAUGAUUAUGCCAGUCUCGUAAUGAAGAAUUCGAAACGUUCGGACGGUGGCCAAUACCGUUUGCAGCUCAGAAAUGCAUCAGGCUUUGAUACUGCUACGAUCAACGUGCGAGUCCUCGAUCGUCCUGCGGCUCCGCAGAACCUCCGGGCCGACGAAUUCGGAGGCGAUUCUCUUACCCUCUACUGGACACCGCCCAAAGACAACGGUGGUGCGGAGAUCACGAAUUACGUUAUCGAGAAACGUGAACCGAGAGAUCAGAUUUGGGUCAAGAUAAGCAGUUACGUCACAACGCCUUUCGUGCGCGUAAGGAAUCUGACCGUCAAUCAAGAAUACGAAUUCCGCGUAAUGGCAGAAAACCAGUACGGCACUUCGGAUCCAGCGAUGACGAAGGAUCCGAUAAAGGCAAGACAUCCGUUCGACACGCCGGGAGCACCGGGUGCACCGCGCGGCGUCGAAACCACAGAAGACAGUAUCACGAUCGCUUGGACCAGACCAAGAAGCGACGGUGGCUCGCCCAUUACUGGUUACGUCAUUGAGAAACGUUUGUUCAACGAGGAAAAAUGGAUCAAAGCUACUCAAGCCAUUGUUCCAGAUCUCACACACAGAAUUGGAGCUCUUAUUGAAAAUCGCGACUACGAAUUCCGCGUCGCCGCUGUCAAUGCCGCGGGACAAGGACCGUGGAGCUCCAGCUCUGAUGCCAUUCGCGCCAGUGCACCUUCGUACGCGCCAAAGAUCACGAGCGAUUUGAGCAUCCGAGACAUGACGGUAAUUGCCGGAGAACCAUUUACCAUUACUGUACCGUUCUCUGCUCAUCCGAUACCCAAACCCAGCUGGACCGUUAACGGUGAAGACAUUUAUACCGACGAGAGAAUCAAGUUCGAGACCAACGAAGUCGCCUCCAAGUUUAUCAACAGGAAAGCCAAGAGAACAGAUACCGGAAACUAUACGAUUCACCUGUCCAAUACCGUUGGCUCCGAUUCAGCAUCGUGCAAAGUCCUCGUUGUCGAUAAACCAUCCCAUCCCCAAGGACCUUUGGACGUUUCUGACAUCACGCCAGAAACUUGCACACUUGCCUGGAAGGUUCCCUUCGACGACGGUGGUUCACCGGUCACGAAUUACAUCGUCGAGAAACUGGAUCCGGGCGGCUACUGGGUGAAACUGAGCAGCUUCGUGCGAAACACGCACUACGACGUGAUCGGUUUGGAGCCAAACAAAAAGUACAAUUUCCGUAUAAGAGCGGAGAACCAAUACGGCGUUUCGGAGCCGUUGGUGGGCGACGAGCCGAUAACAGCCAAGUUCCCAUUCACGGUACCGGAUCCACCGGGACAACCGCGAGUCAUAGAUUGGGACUCGGACAGUAUAACGAUAAACUGGGAUCGUCCCCACUCCGACGGUGGUUCUCGCAUCCAGGGUUACAAGAUCGAGUUCCGAGACCCUGCGGACGACGGGCAAUGGCGUGUGGCGAAUGAUUAUCUCGCCAAGGAUCGAAGCUACAUAUGUUACGGUCUGGCGAGUGGCCACGAGUACGAGUUCCGGGUGAGGGCGAAGAACGCGGCUGGUUUCAGCAAGCCCAGUCCAACGUCGACACAAUUCAAGCUGCGCAGCAAAUUCCACGUUCCAUCACCACCGGGUACUCCUCAAGUAAUCAAAGUAGGAAAGAACUACGUUGAUCUCAGAUGGGAAGCGCCAACAUCAGACGGGGGCAGUCGCAUCACCGGUUACGUGAUCGAAAAACGUGAAAUCGGUUCGGCGAUAUGGCUCAAAUGUAACGAGUACAACGUGACCGAUUGCGAGUACUCGGUGCUCCACCUAAUCGAACGCGGGGAUUACGAGUUCCGUAUAUUCGCGGUGAACGCAGCGGGUCGGUCGGAGCCAAGUUCGUGCACGACACCGGUCCGCGUUUGCGAAGUGGAAGGCGGUGAGAAGCCAGAAUUCACGCGUCCUCUACCGAUCUCGCAGGGAGUACCUUUGGGAAAAACUUACGUCCUCGAAUGCGAAGCCACUGGAAAACCAAUGCCAACUCCGAGAUGGCUCAAGAACGGAAGAGAAAUAACGAUGGGCGGACGUUUCCGAUCGGAAACAAGAGACGACGGUCUCUUCAGGUUGGUAAUCAGCGAAGUCUGGGAAGCCGACACCGGCGACUACAGCUGUCAAGCUUCGAAUCCGCUCGGCAUCGCCACGACGACGCUGAGAUUGAAAAUCGGCACACCGCCCCGAAUCGAGCGCAUGCCCGAUACGAUUUAUCUGCCGGAGAAGGACAACACGAAGAUCAAAAUCUUCUACAAUGGAGAUCAACCCAUGGACAUCGUUCUCAAGAAGGAUGGUCACAAAGUUGUCGAAUCAGGACACAUCAAGUACACCGUUUUCGACGAAUAUCUCAUUAUUUUCAUCCGCGAUAUCAACAAAGAGGACGAGGGUGUUUACGAACUUUCGAUAACCAACGACAGCGGUAGCGUGAGCGGUUCUUUCCAGGCUUUCGUGACCGGACCACCCGGACCACCGAUCGGGCCUCUCGACGUCACCGACAUAAACAAACACACUUGCAACCUCUCUUGGCAUCCACCGAAGUACGACGGUGGCCUCAGAGUCACGCAUUACAUGGUCGAACGACGAGAAAUUACUCACGGCCAUUGGCUAAUUGUUUCAAGCUUCUGCAAAGACACGAAUUUCACGGUGCAAGGUUUGACCGAGGGUCAGGAAUAUCUCUUCAGGGUCGUAGCCGUCAAUGACAAUGGGAUGGGACCACCCCUCGAAGGCGUCAAUCCCAUCAAGGCGAAAGCACCCUUCGAUCCUCCUGGGCCACCUGGAACUCCGACAGUUACAGAAAUUGGCGGUGAUUUCGUCAAUCUCUCCUGGGACAAACCUCUCGUCGACGGUGGUGCCAAGAUUCAAGGCUACUGGAUCGACAAGAAGGAGGUUGGCUCGGUCGCUUGGCAACGCGUCAAUCCAGCGAUUUGCCCAACCAAUCAAAUCAACAUAAGCAAUCUCAUCGAAGGUCGACAGUACGAAUUCCGUGUUUUCGCACAGAACGAGGCUGGUAUCGGCAAAGAAUCUACCGCUUCGACUUCCGUCAAGAUCGUCGAUCCUCACGAGUCCAAACCACCGGAAAUCAUAAAACCACUGAGAAACGUAAACUGCAUUCAGAACCAAAACGCGACGUUCAAAUGCCUCAUCUCUGGCAACCCGAGACCGAGCAUCACUUGGUACAAAGGCGCUCGUGAAAUCACCAACAGCAGCAGAUUCGAAAUUUACAGCGAGGGCGAGUGUCACACUCUCGUUAUUCACGACGUUUUCGGCGAGGAUGCCGACGAGUACGUUUGCCGAGCUUCCAACAAAGGUGGACACAAAUCCACGAAGGGUGAGCUGUUCAUCAUGACGCCACCGAAGCUGAACGUUCCACCGCGAUUCCGGGACACCGCUUUCUGCGACAAAGGCGUCAACGUCGUCAUCAAGAUACCCUUCACCGGUUUCCCCAAGCCCAAAGUUACCUGGGUCCGAGAAGGCGAAACCAUCGAAUCCGGAGGUCAUUAUUCCGUCGAGCUCAAAGAGAGACACGCCAUUCUCACGAUCCGUGACGCCAAUCGAAUCGAUUCGGGCCCCUACAGAAUCACCGCUGAAAACGAGCUCGGCCAGGACUCCGCUAUCAUCAAAAUUCAAAUCAGCGAUCGACCUGAUCCACCGAGAUUCCCGCAAAUCGAGAAUCUCGGACACGAUUCACUCGCCGUCACCUGGAAACCUCCCGUUUGGGACGGUGGCAGUAACAUCACGAAUUAUCUCGUCGAAAAACGCGAGCAUCCCAUGUCCAGUUGGAUUCGCGUUGGCAACACGAGGUUCUGCUCGAUCGCCGUAACCGGACUCAGUCCCGGACAUCAAUACGACUUCCGGGUUUCCGCCGAAAACGUUUACGGACGCUCGGAUCCUAGCGAUACAACGCCUCUCGUAACUACCAAGGGAACUGCCAAAAAAGCAUUCAAAAAGAAGGAAUACCAACUGGAUGCAAGUGGCAAAAAGAUACGCGGCGUUGCCGAUGAAAAAAUACGGGAUUACGAUCAAUACGUUUUCGAUAUAUACAGCAAAUACGUUCCCCAACCUGUCGAAAUUAAAAACACUUCGGUCUACGACAAAUACGAUAUUCUCGAGGAAAUCGGCACCGGAGCUUUCGGCGUUGUCCAUCGAUGCCGGGAACGCGCCACUGGAAAUAUCUUCGCUGCUAAAUUCAUCCCCGUUUCUCAUGUCAUGGAAAAAGAACUUAUUCGCAAAGAAAUCGAUAUCAUGAACCAGCUCCAUCAUCCGAAACUCAUCAAUCUCCAUGACGCUUUCGAGGACGACGAUGAAAUGGUUCUCAUCUUUGAAUUCCUGUCCGGUGGUGAAUUAUUCGAGAGAAUCACAGCCGAAGGUUACUCCAUGUCAGAGGCCGAAGUUAUUAAUUACAUGAGACAAAUAUGCGAUGCGAUAAAGCACAUGCACGAGAAGAAUAUUAUCCACCUUGACAUAAAGCCCGAGAACAUAAUGUGCCAGACGCGAAACAGCACGAACGUGAAGCUCAUCGACUUCGGUUUGGCGACGAAGCUCGAUCCGAACGAAGUGGUGAAGAUCAGUACCGGUACAGCCGAGUUCGCAGCACCGGAGAUCGUUGAACGCGAGCCCGUUGGCUUCUACACUGACAUGUGGGCCUGCGGUGUCCUCGCUUACGUUCUCCUCAGCGGCUUGUCACCGUUCGCCGGUGACAACGAUAUCGAAACAUUGAAAAACGUCAAGGCCUGUGACUGGGACUUUGACGAGGAAAGCUUCCGCGACGUUUCUGAGGAAGGAAAAGACUUUAUCAGACGAUUGCUAGUCAAGAACAAAGAAAAACGUAUGACCGCCCACGAGUGCCUCCUUCAUCCGUGGUUGACCGGUGAUCACAGCGACAGGACAAACAGAAUUUCGAGCAGCCGUUAUGUCAGCUUCAGGGACAGGCUCCGUGCCAAAUAUGAAGACUGGGAAAAAUACGUUCUUCCGAUUGGUCGUCUCGCUGAGUAUUCCGCACUGAGGAAAUUGCUUAUCGAAAAAUACAAGAUUUACGAUUCAACUUUCGAUCGCAGACAAGCAGCACCCAGAUUUGUCAUCAAGCCAACAAGUGCGUUCACCUACGAAGGCCAAAGCGUCAAAUUUACUUGUCGCGUUAUCGCGAUCGCAACUCCAACCCUCACCUGGUAUCACAACAAUCAGGAGCUCAGGCAAUCGGUGAAAUUCAUGAAACGUUACAUCGGCGACGAUUAUACUUUCGUAAUAAACAGAGCGAAACUUGAAGACAGAGGAGAAUACGUCAUACGUGCGGAAAAUCAUUACGGCUAUCGCGAGGAAGUUGUGUUCCUCAACGUUCAACCCGUGCCGAAAGAAUUUGCGCCUUACAAACCGGAAGUACUUCCGGUACGAAGACGAGAACCGUUGCCGUACCAUUGUUGGAUGGAACAGACCGAGUGCGCUCCCAGCUUCACUUUCCUCCUUCGACCUCGUGUUAUGCAAAUAAGACAAACGUGCAAACUUCUCUGCUGCCUGAGCGGCAAACCACCACCGUCGGUCAGAUGGUUCAGGGACAGUAGAGAAUUAUCGAGACACGAGUACACCAUGUCCCACGCGGACGGUGUCGUGACCAUGGAAAUCAUUGAUUGCAAACCGGAGGACAGUGGAAAGUACCGAUGCAUAGCGACCAAUUGUCAUGGAACGGAUGAAACAAGCUGCGUUGUUAUCGUCGAAGGAACGGGUGAAACCGACGAGCAGGCAAAGUUAGCAAACGACAUCCUGCAUUCCGGAGAUCGAAGGUUCAUCGAACAGCCCUUGAAACCAGCACCUCAGCAAAUCGUGAUUAAACAAGAAUACACCAGCCACACCUCGAAUCACAGUGCCUCUCACAAUUAUUCGUCCUCGACCAGUACCAACAAAUACAGUUCGAACACGUCUUCCUCCUACAAGUCCGAGUCUGACAAGAGAAACGUCAAAAAGUACGGAACGAAAUUGGACACGACCGGAAGUCCAUCUCGCUCGAGAAGCACCACCAAAGAACUGAUCCAUCCUCCUGAUGAUUCGAUGAGGCCACCGGAAUUCACUCGGAAACUCAACGACCUUACGGUCAACGAUGGCGAACAAUUGGAACUGUGUGUGAAAGUAAGCGGCGAUCCGGAACCCCAGAUUACCUGGUCGAAAGGUGGAAAGACUCUCAGCUCAUCGGAAGUGGUCGAUCUCAAAUACCGAGGUGGCAUAGCCACACUCGUGAUAAAUGAGAUAUUCCCGGAGGACGAGGGCGAAUACACAUGCAAAGCAACAAAUAGCGUUGGCACAGUCAGUACAAAGUGCAAAUUGACUGUUAAACCCAUGGCUAAUGCAGCGGAAAAGAAGAAGGGCGGUGACAAACCACCGAAGAUUGUUGAUCAUCUAACGAGUAAUUUUGUUAAGGACGGUGAGGCUGUCGUGCUAAACUGUAGAAUAAUCGGCGCUAAGAAAUUCGACGUUGUGUGGCUUCAUAACAACAAAGAAAUCAAACCGAGCAAGGAUUUCCAAUAUACCAACGAAGCCAAUAUUUACAAGCUCAACAUCGCUGAGAUAUUCCCCGAAGAUGCUGGCACCUACACGUGCGAGGCGUUCAACGAUGCCGGAGAGAGCUUCUCUUCCUGCACGCUCAACGUUCUGGUCCCCAACGAAGAGCCCAAGAGCCCAGUGUUCACGACAUUCCCACAGUCGGCAACUGUGAGCGAAGGAGAGAUGGUCAGCUUCGCAUGCCAGACUGAAACCGCGCCGCUCAAAGUGACGUGGGUGAAGGACGGCAAGCCGAUAGACGAAUCGAGCAGCAGGUACCUCUUCAGUUCAGACGGCGACAAGAAGUUCGAAGUGCGAAUAAAGUCUUGCACGGCGGGCGACGUAGGCCAGUACACGGCACGUGCAAUUGGCAAGAAGGGUGAAACGAAUGCGGCAUUUGCGCUCAACGUAACGGGCCCUAACGAUCAAUGAGAUGAUAUUGGAACGAUCACAACGCACUAACGAGAAUAAACCAACGAUCCUCUUGCGAUUACGAAAACCGAAAAAAUAACAAAUCUUAAUGACAUUUUAUUUAGAAAAAGCUCAAGAGGAACGAACAAAAAACAGAACCGUUCACGAAGCUAACGACGCUGCGAAAUUUAACGUGAACCGUUUUAAAGCUUCGCGACUAAUGAAAAACAGAAUUUCAAAAAUUACAAAAAAAAAGACGAAACGAAAAGCUAAUACGAGAAUAAAUAUUGAACAAUAUAAACGAGUUUAAACGAUUGAAGAAGCGCGCGGUCGUCACGCUAAUGUCAUUAGAAUGUUUAUCAUCUAAAUGUUCAUGUAUAAAUGUUUAAGAGAAUCAUCUAUUUAUUAUUAUAAUUAUAAUUACAACUACGAUUAUCGUUAUUACUAUUAUUAUUAUAUUGUUAUAAAAAUGUUGUUUCUUUUCUUCUGUUCAUGUGGGUUUUUUUGUCAUGAGAAAAAAAAAACGUUCACGAAUGGAAUAUCAGAGACACAGACGAAACACAUGCACACACGCGCAAACGUACAUACAAACAUGCACACAUAAAAAACUUAUUUGCACGCUAAUUUGAGCUUAAAAUGCUGUUCACGUAAAGGGGAGCUUUUCUUAUCGCGAAGUUUGAAAUGUGCACGGCGGUUCAACACGCGUCGGCGUUCUUGCUGUUUCUCACGUUUAAUGUUGUCUGCUCACGGGGGGAGGCUGGGUAGAAGAACGCUCGCGUCCUUGCGAAUAUCGCCUUUCAAUAAUUUCUCUCUCAACCUAAAGACUCGAACGUUCUUCUUCUCUUUUUCUCUCUCUCUCUAGCUCAGUCUCCCUCAAUACUAUUUUCUCUUUUGUAACGCGACGACAACUUUGAACGAUAAACGACGAUGCGACUUGCAUACAGAAACAAUCACUCUCUCUCUCUCUCUCUCCCAAUCUCUCUUUUUAUUCCAUGUUAUCGUAUAUGAACCGUCGUGCUAGAUUUGUUUGAAGACUGCUUCCGUUUAAAUAAACCAAAAAAAAACGACGAAAAAAAUCAUGUAAUGUUAAUAAGAACUUAUGAUUCAAGAUGAA